UCGGCUGUCAGGUUCACAAAUGGAUCACAAAGGAUAAAAUAGUGUGCUGUCUGGUGAGGAUUGUUGGUUAAAAAUAAAUACAAUUUCGUUUUUGAUGUACACGGGCAAUUUGACCAACGGCUGGGUCCAUUUUCUUCCUCAAGAGUAAAGCUUUAAAAUAAUUGUAUUUAAACAUGACGAAAUUGCCUGGCUGUAAAUUAGAAUUUGUUCGCGAAGACGAUUUCGUAGAGUAUUUCAUUUUCCCAUUAUUGCCAGAUAAUUUAACAAAUGUACAGGAAGAAAGUAAAGACUUGGAGCAACUGCGAACGCAAUUAUCUCUGUUUGAAAAACAAUGCAUGGAGUUCGUGAGUGGACGUGUUGAAAACUAUGGCUAUAUUUGGCACAAAGAUGAAUUUCAAUUACAAACACGUUCAGAGUGUGCGCAGGAAAGACUAUUGAAUGACGAGAUUAACGAUAGUUCCCCUGGUUCUCCCAAGGCGCUGCCUCUUCCACCACAUCUGCAUGGCGUUACACAUUAUGGCGACAAUAUCGAGGACGAGUGGUUCAUAGUGUAUCUCUUGCAUGAGCUGACACGUGAGAUUCCAGGAUGCGUGGCACGUGUUAUAGACUCAGAUGGGGAAUUUCUCUUAAUUGAAGCUGCUGAUGCGCUUCCUGAUUGGGCCAAUCCAGACAGUUGUGACCAACGAGUUUACAUAGCCAAUGGAGAGAUACAUUUGGUGCAAAAUCCGCCAUCUAAUUCCGAAAAAUUGUUACCAGUAACGACGGCCAUUGAAAAAAUUCGUAAAAAUCACACCCUUUAUCGAGUUUCCAAGGAAAUUCAAGACAGCAUAAAUGAACGUACGAAAGAAUUUAAAGGAAAUACCAAUACAGCGAUACAUCGCCAAAUCGUGCGUUUGCCUUUGGGUGUCGCAGGGCUGCUUAAAAAGCGUCCGUCGUUAAUUUCAUCAGCAGUGCGUGCUUUCUGCGAACGUGAUGCUAUUGAUUUAAAGGCUUGUCGUUCAAUGCGUUUUUUCCCACCGGAGCAGUGUGUUCGAACCAAUAUUCGAUUUACUCGUUGUCUCUAUGCUAUGCUUACGCACACCCAAUAUAAGCCCGAUAGGAAAGUUGGAUGGGUACUAAGUGAGUCCAACUAUAGUGAAGAAUAUAAGGAGCAGAUAUUAGGCAUAAAAAUUGCCUGCGGUUUUGAAAUUUUGGCCUCUCAAGCUAAAAGUUCAAAUCAGGAAGAAAAUGGGCCAGCCUGGCGCACUUAUGUCAAAAGUUUAAUAUCAAAAGGCUACUUUCGAGAUAAUUUGGAAGGGUCGGAGGAGUAUAAACGACUUUGGAAUGGAGCACGCACAUAUUUUACGAAAUUUAACGAACGUUUUCGAACGAUGCCAUUAGUCGGACAAGAAAUUUUGAAUUUACUUCAAAGUAUAGAUACUUCGACCGAUCAUUUGUGUGAUGACGAAAACAAUUUAGAGCCAAGUGAUUCUGACGACUGGCUAAAUAUUAGUGCAGAUAAUUUAGAUGCCAUGUUAAUGGAACGUUAUGGGCCGAAAAAACUGUAUAAGUCGAAUGGAGACAUCAAUGCUGAAGAAUUCACAAGAAACUUUACUGAUUUUCUCGAAAAAGAAUCAACAUAUGAAGGUAUAGACAAUGAAGGUGAUGAAACAGAUUCAGAUUCUGAUGAAAUCGAAUCAGGAGCAAGUGCUACUCGACAACAAAAUAAUGAUUUAAAAACAAAGCUUAGAAAAAAUUAUUCAAUGCGUCAAGCAUGUAAUCGAAACUCACUUAUUAACGAAACUUUAAUGACCAAUCACAACAAAAAAGGCACAAACAUAGAAGCUGAAGAUAGCACACAUGUACGAAACUUUUUAGAUUUUGUUAUCCCGGAAGAUAAAUGGGAUUCUAAUUCAGAAAUGAGUGAUUAUGAAGAUGAUAACAAUUUGGAGCACAAUUUCGAAUCGAUGGCGAAUAGUGACAAAAACAUUGAUGUUCAUAUAAAAAAUUACAUGGACCAAAUGGACAAAGAACUGGCAAAAACUACAAUUGGGCAAUCGUUUGAAAAUAAGAGCGCUUCUAAUGUACCCAAAGGAACAGACGAUGAUUUUGAUGACAUUGAGUCAUUCCAACCAAUUAACAUUAAUGUUAACACAUUAAAAAACAUAGUCGAUAGUUAUAAAUCGCAGUUGGGUGGACCGGGACCAGUUUCGAAUUUGUUGAGUGCUAUGGGUGUAGGUAUGUCAACUGCAGCGACACUCGACAGCGAUGAUGAUGAAGUCGCGGAUGAAUUGAAAGAAUCUAGAGUAUGAAGGUCGUAAAUUCAUCCAACUCUUAUAUAUACAUAUGAAGAUUAGUUGACAUAAACUGUGUGUAACUAUUUGCAUCACAAUGUAAUAUUCAUAUACUUGUACUUAUUUAAAAGUCAUUGGCACUUAUAUUUAAAUUAAGCAUUUUUUCAUUAUAACUCCACCUAAUGUAUGCAAAUAUAUACAGCCCAUAUAUCAAAAAUGCUUUCUUGCA